AUGGCGUCCAUCAAGGCGAAUUGCCGCAAGGUGGUUUGCAUUGGCAGAAACUAUGCCGACCACAUCACUGAGCUAAACUCUGCCCGACCAGCACAGCCCUUCUUCUUCCUCAAGCCUCCCUCUUCCAUCCUGCUGCCGAACAAAGGUCCAGUCAUUCGCCCUCGCGGGGUCAACUUGCAUCAUGAAGUCGAACUCGGCCUGGUUAUCGGAGAGACUCCCUCCCCAGAGGGGCUGAAGAACCUACAAGCUUCGGACUCCAAGAUGCUGAGUUAUAUCAAAAGCUAUUUCCUCGGUAUCGAUCUGACCGCCCGAAACGUACAAGACGAGGCGAAGAAGAAGGGUCUGCCCUGGAGCAUCGCAAAAGGCUUCGACACGUUUCUGCCCAUAAGCCAUGAGAUUCCCUUUGACCGGAUACCCAAUCCGCAUGACGUGGUGCUUUGGCUCAGCGUCAACGGCACCAUCAAGCAAAAGGACAAUUCCAACUUGAUGCUGUUCGAUAUCCCCAGGAUGAUGAGCGACAUCAGCAAGGUCAUGACGUUGGAAGAAGGCGACAUCAUCCUCACAGGCACUCCGAAGGGUGUUGGCCCGCUGGUCGGAGGCGAUGUUGUUAAAUGUGGCCUAGAGGCAGACGGUAGGGAAGUGGUCGAGGCCAGAAUCGAGGUGCAAGUGGUAGACGACACCACCGAGGGAGCAUACGAGUUCAAAGAGACGUGA